UAUUAUGGAAGGGCUAUUUUAUCAAAUUUUACUUUUAAUGGCUAUAAUUUUUUGGCGGCACUUAUUGGAUUUAUUGACCGUCCAAAUUUAAAUAUUUCUGCUGGAUGUUUGGAGAUCGUUUAAAAAAUCAGUAUAUUUACUGUGAUGGAAUGAAAGAUUUAAUUAAUGAAUUAAUUUUAAAUGCAACAAAACCCCGUUUUAUUGGAAUACCUGAAAGAAGUUUAAUAAACAAAAAUUCUGUUGGAAUGUUUUUUGCUUCUUGUGAGGGGGCUAUAUUUGGAUUACCUUUACUAGACCCGAGUAAAUAUGGAAAUGAAAAGGAGAAGGUUACUAAAUGGGAAAUUAAUUAUGAUUGGAGUAAAUUAAAAAUUAAUUUUGAAAAUUGGGAUUGGAAAGAAGGAUGGCCACAAAAACAACAAAAUAAAACAGAAAAUAAUUUAAUUUAA